GUGUCAGUGUUUAACGCGCGUUCACGGCGCAUGCGUGAACAAAACAAACUAGAGCCGGGCUGCGGUCUAUAAAAAUAGUGCCAGUUAGGAAGUGCAGUGAACUGUGAUUUUUUAAACGCAUGACCAAAAAGGAUAUACGUAAAUCGUAUUGUGGAAGAUAACCAAAAAGUUUUAAGCUAAUAGUUUUUAUUAAACUAUAACACUGGCUGAAUGAAGAAAAUAUUUUUUUUUUGUUUCUCGAACGCGAUCGCCUUUUUUUUUCAUUCGGGGGAAGUCUGUCGGUGUGCGCGCUUGUUUUGUGUUUUUUGUUGUAGUAUUUACGUAAAUUGUGUUUAAAUAUAUAGUAAUAUGUCGGUGCACACCAUUCCCCUGAUCACGCCCUUCAUCAGAGGACCCAGAUUCCCGUACAGAAAGAGCAAGUCUCCGUUUUUUCCCGGAGUGGAGGAGGCGGGUGUUGCUAGCGCGGCCGCCGGUUCACCCUCGGGCCCCGCCGACCAGGCGCAGGACGUGGUCUCACGGCUGAGCGCUGCCGGUCUGUCGAUGUGCGUGUCGGCCCUGGGCUCGCCGGCCCGAUCGUCGCCCGUGUCCGCGGGCUCGGAGCACGGGGAGCGGUUUAGUAGGAAGGUGUUUGUUGGGGGACUCCCCCCGGACAUUGAUGAAGAUGAGAUAACAUCGUCCUUCCGCCGCUUUGGUCCAUUGGUGGUGGACUGGCCUCACAAGGCUGAGAGCAAGAGCUACUUUCCGCCCAAGGGAUACGCAUUCCUACUGUUUCAGGAUGAGAGCUCGGUGGCGGCUCUGAUGGAGGCUUGCAUCACGGACGACGACAAGCUGUAUCUGUGCGUGUCGUCGCCGACCAUCCGCGACAAGCCGGUCCAGAUCCGACCAUGGCGGCUCGCGGAUGCGGACUUCGUGUUGGACGCUAGCAUGCCGCUGGACCCGCGCAAGACUGUGUUCGUGGGCGGCGUGCCGAGACCCUUGAAGGCUGUUGAGCUCGCCAUGAUUAUGGACCGGCUGUAUGGCGGGGUGUGCUAUGCUGGGAUCGACACGGACCCCGAGCUCAAGUACCCCAAGGGUGCAGGCCGCGUGGCGUUUUCCAACCAGCAGUCUUACAUAGCAGCCAUCUCGGCCCGCUUCGUUCAGCUCCAGCACGGAGACAUUGACAAGAGAGUGGAGGUGAAGCCGUACGUGUUGGACGAUCAGAUGUGUGACGAGUGCGCGGGGGCGCGGUGCGGCUCUAAGUUUGCUCCGUUCUUUUGCGCCAACGUGACAUGCCUCCAGUAUUACUGCGAGCACUGCUGGGCGACCAUACACUCUCGCCCCGGGCGGGAGUUCCACAAGCCGCUGGUGAAGGAGGGCGCCGACCGACCCAGGGCCGUGCCGUUCCGCUGGUGUUAGUGCUGGCGGGUUGGGGGGAGGAGCUGGAGGUGGGAGGGGGGGGGAGGCGAGAGCGGGACGACGUUAUCCGACGUUAAUGUUAAGAAGAAUGUAUAGAGUUGAAGUACAAGAGUACGCGGCCCUCGCCGCGCCCGCCCCGGCCUGCCCGGCGCGGCGCGACGCGGCGCGGGCGAAUUCGGUUUAAGCAAAUGUGUAUUCAAAAAGUUAGCUAGUUGUUCGUAAGACGGUCGCACGUCCCAGCGUAAGAUUAUAUUAAGACGUAAGUGAAUCACAUUUCUCGAUACUGUACCUGUUAGCUAGCGUGAAUUUCCUAUUUUUCCCCCGUUUUGUAGUUUUUGUUUGUCGGACUCGGAUAUUGUCUCUGGGGUGUGUGUCGCGCGCGGGCGAUCCGGUCCCGGGAUUGCACCGUUUGGUUCGCCGUUUUCUUUGGAGGUUUUGUUCCUAGCAACCGGGAGGCGGUAGUUGAGUACAAACGUUACCAGUUCUGGCUGUAGAGUUACUUUAGUAUAAAUAUAUUUAUAUAUAUAUAAUAUAUGAUUAAUGAGACCGCCGGGGUAGUGCAAUAGAGGAGGGUAGUUUAGUGGUAGUUGUCGUGUCGACAGGCUCUGGCUCGGAUGGAUGUGUCGGUUGACUCGGCCCGUUGUUUGGGUUUGUGUGGUUUGACUGGAGGGGGGAGGGAGGCUGGCUGUGACGUCACGCGACCGACGCGAACCCGCGCAUUGCAUGUUUGCCGCUAUAACGUGAAGUGAGCCGGCGACCUCCCCCGCCCGGGCGCGUAGUGGCGACGCUCGGGGGUGUACUUAACGGAUGCCGUGUGGUAUCCGCACGACCACGGACAGACUGUGCUAGCGCGUAACUUUUUGAUGAUUUUUUCGUGUUUUUUGUAGACGUUUUUUCCGUAUAGUGAUUUCGGUGUCGGGCAAGUGCCUUCGCGAGACCCCUCCCGUCUGGUUUGAACGUGUCUUGUGUGUGCACCGUUUGGUCGGCUGCGGCUGAACACGGGACCUUCGGAACCCAGAAGUCAGACUGUGUGUGUAUUCCAUGUUCUGGCCGUUUGGAAAUUUUGAUCUUAUUGUUGGUCUGGGCUCGGGUGGGUUUAAGCAACGUGACUGUUGAGGGUAGGUGGCAGUUUUACUUUGACUGUUGCCAUCCCUCUCGCACUGUAUGAUAGUGUCGAUCCUAAUGACGCUGUCUCUAUCUACGACGGGGCGGAUGUCGCCAACAGCCCAGGGUCCGUGUCCCGCCCAGCGUUUGUUCUGCAUUUCUCCGCCCAACGGGUUGGAAGCGGUUAAGCGUUAAGUAGACAAAUAUAGUAUAUAGAUUCUUUGCCACACUUUCGGACGUUCCCGAGUAGAUGAAUUAUAUGAUACAUACAUAAAUAUAUAAUAUGUAUAUAUAUAUAUAUAUAUAUUUCUCCUUAGAUGUAUGCACGCGAGUGCGCUAGAUGGAUAGUUUAGGUAAAGCAGUUUCCUCUAUAUAGUAGUACACGUUUGUCCGCUUUGGUUUUCGUUCGGUUUGUUGGGCGCCCCGCGUCGGUGGCGGGUCGACCGUUUCUGUCGCCCGGGACGGUGUUGCCACCGUCCGGACGGCUGCUGUCCCUGGGACGAUGUAGAUUACCCCGAAUCCUAUACUUUGUAUAUGUAUAUACGCUGAGUCGUGUUUGUGUGUCUGUUUUGUUGCUCAACUGAACGUUUAGAACUCGUUUGAUGCCCCCUAGUGUUCGAGGUUGUCCCGUUUUGUAUUUUUGUAUUUUUAUAAAAAACUAUUGUCGUGAAUUCGGACGUGAUUUUUUACUUUGACCCCCGCGGACCGGCUCGCCCUGGGGACCGGUGGAGGGAAGUGGAGGAGACUGUGGAGGGGGGGGGGGAAUAUGAGGGGCGGGUGACGUCAUGGGCCUGUCGAGUGAGGCGGCUCUGGUCCGCGGCGGGGCGCUAUUGGUGUUUAAAAAUAACCGAGUUGUUUGGGAUAUGCGGUCCAUGUUAGCUUGCACUGUACCUUGAGGCUGGACUGGAUGGUGAUGGGCUCUAGCGGCGGACGCGCCGGCAGCCCUGCCGGAGGUGAUCUUCCCCGGGCGGGGCUGCCGGCGGAGGCUGUCGGAAUCGAUUUGGUCGUUAACCGAUUGGGACGGAGGAAGUUUCGUAUUUUAGAUUUUGAGCGUUUCCGGGCGCGCUUGUUUGUUAGUUGGGCGGGCGUCGCGCCGCCCCGCUAGUUUAGUUUGUGACGACGUUUGCGUGUCUCGUUUAGUUUCCGGUGGGGCGCUUUUUAUUUCGGUUCUUUAGUUUGUAGGAGGUCGCCGGCCUGUUUGUCGGCGGCUCGUUUUGCUUGUCUUGUUUACGGCCGGGCGGCCAUUGUUUGUUGUCGUUUGAAGUGUUUUUUUUUUCUUGUUUUAGAUAGUAAUUUUGCAUAUCACAUCACUGCGGGGGGGCACGUUGUGUUUUUGGAGGACGUUUAGCCGUGUGGAUCCUGUCCCUCGUCUGGGUGGAAGUUUUCUGGCACUUGCAUGCGUAUAGUAAUAAUAUUGUUUAGAGAUUUUAAAUCCGCUAUAUUUUUAUUGAAUCGUCGGCGGCGGACUGACGCUAGACAAAUUUUCCGCGCCGCGACCGCCCUGCGACUGUUUAGUCGCGCGUCUGUCGGGCCGCGCGGCAGUCGCAGGGCGGUCGCGGUGCCGCCCGUCUACGAGGGCUUGUAAAUUUUCUCGACUAGAAAUCUUAGUGAAAUUAUAAAUUUAAUAAAUAGCAAAAGUGUAGGUGAAUUGAAGUAAUAUUAAUAUAUAGACCUAGAGUAUAGCGCGGCGUUACUUCCGGACAAUAUUGCUUUUGUAACUCUCUGGCACUUUUUAUUGGAUAUUUUUGUAUGUACGGCGGCCACGGCGAGAUGAUAUUUUUUUAUUAUAUAGCGUGUAUCGGAUGCGGCCCGUCCGUGUAUCUAUCUCUGUCUCUAUCUCUAUCUCUGUCUCUAUCUCUGUCUCUGUCUGUCUGUUAUCAUUUCAAAUUAGAUGUAUAUAUUUUUAUAGGUGGUUAUUUCGUGUUGUUGUAUGUACCUACGAUCAGUUUUGUUGAGCGCGUGCUCUGUGACGACGCGCUCGCUGUCCGCGGCAGCUCUGCCGGCGGCCGCGUGGUGCUCGGCGGUCGUCACACGGCCAGCCGCCUGAAUGAUUAUUAGUGUAUAAAAGUGGAUUUUUUUUAUCUCUAGUUGUAAACGUUUGGUUCGUUUCUCGUUCGUUCACUUUGCUCCUCUGUAGUUAAUGUUAUCUGUGCGAGUGAGGACGGCCGCCUCGGGGUCCCAGAGACCGGUCCAGACUAGACUAGACUAGACUUGACUGAGGCUCGUCCGGUCUAGACUGGGCCGCGCGGACCAGAGGCGGGAAACGAGCGAUUGUUUUUACCAUUUAAUAGAAAUGUAUUUGUAAACGAGUGUUGCCGUUAUUUUAUUUUUUUGUAACGUUUCGCCCCCACGUUUAUUUGAAGUGCAAUUAAUUUUAGAACAUUGUGGAAAUAUUAAAAUGAAUUUGAAACUUUUGUCCUGAGUUUUUGUGUAAGUAGCUUUGUUGUGACGGCGCGGUGUCGGCUGCCUCGGGGCCCGGGCCCGCGGAGCCGUGGAGAGCGCUAGGCGCGAGUACGACCAAAGACGAGUUACCAAAAAGGGCCAGCGAUUGGUCGCGCGACUCGAUUGCCGAUUUUUUUUUUCUAAUUUAUUUUUUACACCGGUUUUUGUAUUUUUUUUUAUUUAUAUAUGUAAUAUAUAUAUUUAAACUAUUACGACUAUAUGAAAAUUUAUAUUAGCCUAGUGAUUUAUUUAGAUAAUUGUUUUUUCAGUAUUUUGAUAGUGUUAACUCUAGCUAGUAAGCCUCGCCGGCACGCGGCGCGUCCGGCGCCUCGGUAUUGUAGUGUCACUGAAUACUGAGCUUUAUUAUUGUAUAAUUUAAAGUCUAAAGUGCGGAUGCAAUACCUUUUUAUAUAUUUGUAUCUGACGCGCGGUAGUUUUUUUUGUUCCGUACAGCGCUGGACUCCCGGCGGUCUGCGGCGUGUUGAUAUUUGGUAGCCAUUUUGUUUGCAGUCUUUGUUUUUGUUGUAUUUUUUGCUUGUAUUUAUUUUUAUUUAUCUGUUUAUUGUCUCGGUUGAGGAAUAUCAACAUGUAUCUGUAUUUAUUGGCCGCCGAGUCUGUAGGGUAUUGUUUGGAAACUGAAAAACUUGGAUUUUUAUAUGAAUUUUAUUAUUAUAAUAUGGUAUUUUACUAAAUAUUAGUCCAAUAUUAAAUCUUUA